UGAUUCCAUACUUAGUACUGCUGGCGAGGCAUCCACAAGUUUAAACCUUAAGACUACGGCGGCGGGCUCUAUGCUGGCGCUAACCUCUUUGGGAAGCGAGAUCUUCUGGCCCGGCCCCGGGUUCUCGAACUUCCCCUCCAACGCACUUCAAUCACUAACCAGCCUGGAUAUCCAGGUCCCAGGACGCGCGCGUGUAUCUUCAUGGAUCAUCUAUAGAGCUCUGACUCGACGCAGUACGUUUCACUUUGGAUUUUCUGGCCUACAGUCAUCGCCCCUCAAUCCGCCAUGAUACUGUUCUAUUCGCUAUGUCACCCUCUUCCCCGGAACCGACUUUUUCGUCCAGCGAUCCCUUGAGACCCGAGUCUCAGUUCACCUAUCGCCAACUCCAGCUUCUUAGGCAAGGCUCGACGGCGACGCCUCUUCGCGUGAUCGCGCACGUGGAUCUCGAUGCCUUUUACGCCCAAUGCGAGAUGGUGCGGCUAGGCACGCCGCGCGACGUGCCCCUCGCCGUACAACAAUGGGACUCGCUCAUCGCCAUAAACUAUCCCGCCCGAUCCUUCGGGAUCACGAGAAUGAUCUCCGCUGGGGAAGCCAAGAAGCUCUGCCCCGACAUUGUCCUGCAGCAUGUUGCAACCUUUCGAGAGGGCGAGGGCGGGAAAUGGGCUUACCGCGACGACGCUUUCACGCGGGUGGGCACGGAUAAGGUGUGCUUGGAUCCAUACCGGGCGGAGUCACGCAAGAUCCUCAAGGUGAUGAAGGAGGAACUAUCCCGCUGGCAUGCGAAGAUAUCCGGCGAGGGACUCGCGGGCGCGUCCAUACCGCAACCUGGUCUUGAGAAAGCCAGCGUUGACGAAGUGUUCAUGGACUUGUCGCCGAUUGUGUAUGGGAUCUUGCUGGAGCGGUACCCUGAACUGCGCGCCGGGUCACAUAUCGAUGAUCGGGUUGCGCGGCUGCCCACCCCGCCGACGACUGCAUUGGCGUGGAGCGCGGAAGAUUGCUUGGUCGAUCUGGACGAGAACGAGACGGAGGUGGAUGACCCGGACUGGGACGACAUUGCCACUUUGAUCGGCUCGGAGGUUGUGCGUGCGGUUCGCAAAGCUGUUUGGGACAGUCUUGGCUAUACCUGCUCCGGGGGAAUUGCGAGGAACAAGAUGAUGGCGAAGCUUGGAAGCGCCUGCAACAAGCCCAAUAAGCAGACGAUAAUCCGCAAUCGUGCGGUACAGAACUUCCUGGGAGGGUUCAAGUUCACGAAAAUCCGGAUGCUCGGGGGCAAACUCGGGGAUCAGGUCACUGCCAUGUUUGGAACAGAGCAGGUGAGUGAUCUGUUGAAGAUCCCGCUGGAACAACUCCGAGCCAAGCUGGAUGAUGAUACCGCCACAUGGCUGUACGGUAUCAUCCGAGGCGACGAUCGAAGUGAAGUCAACUCUCGAACGCAGAUCAAGUCCAUGCUCUCGGCUAAAUCGUUCCGACCGAGCAUCAACAAUCUCGAUCAAGCGGAGAAGUGGCUGCGCAUUUUCGCAGCUGAUAUCUAUGGUCGUCUCGUCGAGGAUGGCGUGCUGGAACACAAGCGUCGCCCGAAAACAGUGGCUUUGCAUCAUAGGCAAGGCGCCCAGGUCCGCUCACGACAGAUCCCAAUUCCAGGAUCAUCGCCAAUUGAUGAGGACCUGCUCUUCAGCCUUGGCUUGACGCUUUUCCGACAAGUCAUUGUCGACGGGCGCGCAUGGCCCUGUGCAAACCUUUCUCUGAGCGUUGGUGGGUUCGAGGACGGGGUAUCCAAAAACAAGGCAAUCGACUCCUUUCUCCUUCGAGGGGAGCAAGCGAAGUCUGCACAGAAUACUCGGUCCUUGUCGAAUGACGAUCUGAUGGAUGCUCAACAACCGAACGAGAAGCGUCUCAAGACCGAACCCGACGGUAUUCGACGGUUCUUCGCUAAGCCCUUGGGGGGUGACGCGUCGCCUCCAGCCACUGAAACAAGCCUAGCUGAGACAUUACAAAGUUCAGAGGUUGAACAAGCUGCUAGGGACACUCCGCCAGAUGAUGAUGCACGGAACUCCGCUGACGCUUUAUCCUACUAUUCCUGCAGUCGAUGCGGCAAGUCGGUUCCUGAGCAUGAGAGAGCUGAGCAUGACGACUGGCACUUUGCGAAAGACUUGGUAGACCAAGAGAACCAGGCCACACGAAGCUCCCCGCAGACUCAAGCAUCACCACCCAACCUUGGAGCAUCUCACUCACGUAGCCGGGCUGGUCGUAAUGGUCGUGGUAAGCCCGAAAGGGGACAGACCCGCUUGAAUUUUGGGUAGAUCGCUAUAUACUGGCUUGGCAAUGUCUUGAAAGCUUUCGAGGAUAUUGAUUGGACUGUGGAGCUCAUUAGCUGCGGUUUCAUUCAAAUGUUGGUGUUAAAUGAUACUUUGUGGCAGCAUUUCCAGCCAACGCCACUUGACGGACGGUCGAUAUAUAGACCGAGGACAGCCCAUGGCCGGCUGUUAAACCAUCUGCUCAGUCACUAUCCAUGGCAAGGGCAAACACGCUACAAUGGCCCUAAUAAUGACAUCGCAUAGCCUUCGGGUCUUUUCGUUGCCCCUGGAUC